AUGGAAAAUUUCAUAGCCACUCAAACUCAGACUAAUAAGGAUUUCCUAAUCCAAAAUGUGCACACCAAUGAGCAAAUUAAACAGUUAGCGACUAAAGUAGAUGCGCUGGCCACUCACAACAAGAUGCUUGAAACACAAAUCUCUCAAGUGGCACAACAACAAGCACCUACUGCCGCACCUGUCGGGACAUUUCCUGGACAACCACAACCAAACCCGAAAGGACAUGCUCAUGCUAUUAUUCUGCGAAGUGGUAGAGAGAUGGACAAACCAACUGACCCUAGGCUUAAAAACCCUGUUAUGUUCCAAAGCCCUGGUAAGACAACUGAGGAGGAAAGUAGACCCAAAGAUAAACCAAGUAACCCGAAAGAGAAAGAGGACAAGGAAGGCGAGACGGAGGAAAAAGAAGCGCCAUACGUACCUCCACCACCUUAUAAACCACCUAUCCCGUACCCUCAAAGGUUCGAGAAAUCUAAAAGCAUAGGGCAGUUUAAGAAAUUUGUAGAACUUCUUAAAAAAUUGAACAUUACAAUUCCUUUUACAUAA